UCUGCAUCUGUAGUAGCGUAAUAGACAGCAUCGUGGCAGUUAUGACAAAACUUGCAAGUGCGCGAAGUUUCAGUCUGGAAAAAAGGACGCCCGAGAAAAACUUAAUUUGUUUCCGCAUCGGCCAUCUCGUCAGCCGUGCGUUGAAAAAUUUAAUUUCCCUGAAGCUGGACGAGCUAAUGAUGAAAAACAGUUCAUGUUUCUAGCUAAACUAAGUGAAACAAGAACGUAGAGACAGAGGAAAAACAAGAAUCGUUUUAAACUAUAGUGAAGAAGAAAGUUCGUCUCGGGAUUGACGCAUACAUGCGCCGACAUUAUACGAUAAUAAAUAUCGAUUCUUGCUUAAAUAACGCGAAUACAGCAAUACUCAGUAAUUAAGAGUUUUAUUAUAAUACGUGAUCCAAUUAUGCUUGAUUAUGAUGGAAUAGCAGACUCUCAAGUGCUAUCGUGAAACCGAAUCCUCAUUAAAAUUUUUUCCUCUUCGCUUCCUGAUAACUGCAAUUUAGACGCUUAUCGCGGAAACACUUGCGUUCAUUGAAUGUUUUGUGGAAUGAACAGUAGAUGGUUUAAUCAUCGCCCAGUUAAUUAUCUUAUCAAUACAUACGCGCGAGAGAAAAUUCAAAUGCCGUAUUAGGUUUUUUUUCCAGUGAAGCAAUACUGCGUAGAUCAGAGAGUUGAAUUGCUAGUCGUUACAAUGGAGCUUCGCUAUUCUGCGUUAAUUUUUAUUCUAAUCGCUGAACUAAACGCUUUGCCUAAUUUGAAAACGGUGUUCAAGUGGAAGCAAGUCAAUUAUACGGAAGAUUCUUUGAACAACUUUGGUGACUACAACCUGAGUAAAGGAAUCCCCUAUGAUUUUGAGAGAGCUAAAGACGGUCGUGUAUUUCUCACCAUCAUUGCGAGAAAGGAAGUUCCCAUAAGUUUGACAACAGUUACGAGCGAAUAUCCGGAGUACGGCCCCCUGCUGGCUCCAUAUCCAGAUUCGACCUGGUUUUUGGAUUCCCGAAAUUGCAAUAACAUCACCAACGCUCGCAGCAUAACCAUCGAUGAAUGUGACAGACUUUGGGUGCUCGACACGGGUCGCAUUGGCUUCGAUCAAAUAUGCAAUGCCAAACUAUUGGUUUUCGAUCUGAGCACGAACAAGCUCCUGGAAAAACACGAGAUACCAAGAAACAUAUCCGAAAACGAGGAGGGAAAAGGAGUUCUGGUAUCCCCAGUCGUCGACACCCACGGACCAUCGUGCGAGAGAAAAGCUGUAUACAUGGCAGAUUCGGAGGGCUACGCCCUGGUAAUCUGGAGCAACGGAAGCUUUGCGCGCCUCACGGGCCGGGAAUUCGAGCCCGUGGAUUCCGAGACGCUCUUCGACAUUUCCGGCGAAUCGUUCACCCUCCGCGGCGGCAUAGUACCGAUGGACCUCGAGCCCCGCCAACACCGCCGCUUGGUGUUCGCGCCUCUGGCGUCGCGCAACUUGUUCAGCUACGAGCACGGGAGGCCGGAACUGCUGGGGCCGAAGCUCAGGAAGCAGCCGACUGCACUUAGGUGGACUCGGGACGGGAGGUUACUGUUUGUGGGACAAGCUGACAAUUCUCUGGACUGCUGGACUGGGCGGGGAAGUAUGAACACAGCUGUAACUGAUAAUGAAAGAUUGCAAUUCAUUAGCAGCAUGAAGGUCUAUCGAAAAUCGGAAAGUAACUCUAAAGAAGAAAUAUGGCUUCUCACAACCCGGUUGCAGAAAAUAAUUAAUGGAUCGCGCAGACUUGAUGAAAUAAACUUCAGGAUCCUGAAAGGCUCAGUCGAGGAUCUUAUAAAAAACACUGCUUGUGAAGAGUCUUAACCUAUUUAAACGUGAUGUAACAAAUAAUAGUCGGUCUAAUUGGCCAAUAAAGUCGUAACUUUCAUUGCUUAUGAUAUUGCUCAUUA